CAGACCUAUGAAGAAAAGAGGUAGGCGAAGCAUAUUGCGUACGAGGAUUAUCGCCCAUCCCUAACAACACAUGCAGUUAUAUUUUCAUCAGAAUUAUAAUUUAAUUGUAUAAAAUACAUCUCAGAAUGGUCGUUUUUACUUGUUUUCAUUGUGGCGAUACGCUGCAGAAGCCUAAAGUGGCGAAACAUUAUGAAUUUAGAUGCCGUAAACCAGUGUUCGUCACGUGCACAGAUUGUUUGGAGGAUUUCCAAGGAAAUGAGUAUAUAGUUCAUACUAAAUGCAUAACCGAAGCUGAACGCUAUGGUGGGAAGGAUUAUGUUCCAAAGGCUAGUGCAAAUAAAGGCGAACGUAAGCAACAGGAAUGGAUCAGUGUUGUUAACAAUUUAUUGAGUGGAACGAUACAUUUGUCUAAUGUGGAGAGAAAUUUCCUCAAUACUUUAUCAAGAUUUGAAAAUAUACCAAGAAGAAAAGCUAAAUUUCUCAACUUUGUGAAAAACGCAGUAGGCAAUCGUAUAAAUAUAUCAGUUGUGGAAAGUGUCUGGAAUAAGAUGGAAACUGCGCAUAAACAAAGUCAACAGACGACUACAAAACCCGAAGAGCCAGAUAAUCAUCAAACAAACAAGACUGAUAUAAAUGUGGAUUCCAGUAAUUUGCUUAGUAAUAAUCACCAGGAUAAUAUCGUUGACAAUCAAAACAAUGAAAAUAUAUGCAAAGAACACGAUUCUGCACGGCAUCAAAAUGGGAAUGAUAAGGAAUGCCCAACCAAUGGCAUUGCGGAAGAAACUGAAACCAUUACUAGAAAGAAGUCUAAGAAACGACAAUUGACUGAAACGGUUGAAGAACAAGAAGAACUACAACCAGCUACAAAAACCAAGAAAACGUCCGUUCUAGUAGAAACAAAUAUUUGUAAAAAUAAGGAACGUAAAGUUUCAUUUUAUUGGAGGCUUGCAAUUUUGGAGAUUGUUCAGAGUAAAGGUGAGAUAUCUUUGAAGAAGCUUCAAAAAAAGGUUGUUUCGCUAUAUUUACUUCACUCUGUGAAGGCAUUGGACCGUGAUAAGGCUAUUGCGAAAUUCCUCAAGAAGUUGCAAAAAAUACCUGAAAUUGCUGUCUCAGGAAAUAUAGUGAAAUUAAUAAAACCAUGCGAUCUUUAUGCGAAGGAGUAGGAAAAUAUCAUACACAUGUG